CUCAGUCAAGUUUUGUGAGUCGAAGGAGGCACAUCAGUUUGUCCGUGCGCAGACGACCAUACGAAUAUCGACACAUUGUUUUUUUAUUUGUGGAUAUUUCUACCGCAUUAUUUCGGAUAUAGAGGACCUAUAUACAUACAACAAGUGACCCCACAAAGUGACGCAGGCGCCGUCGCUUUAAAGCGAACACCUCCCCUCCCCCCCAACAUUGGUGCCCCCAAUCACCUAGAUAACAUGGACGGAUUCUAUGACCAGCAAGUCCCAUUUAUGGUCCCACCCAGUCACAAGUCUCACGUGGAGGAAGCAUCUCACAACAGGCCUCUGAGCGACAGGAAAAGGAAGUUUGUCGACACGGAGCUCGCCCAGGACACAGAAGAACUCUUCCAAGACCUCAGUCAGCUUCAAGAGAUCUGGAUUGCUGAAGCCCAGGUGCCUGAUGACGAACAAUUUGUCCCAGAUUUCCAGUCGGAUAGCUUGAUGUUUCAUGGCCCGCCACCAGCCAAGAUCAAACGAGAGCUGACUCCCUCCAAAGAGCUUUCUCCCUGCCGCCAGGACAGGAGUCCCAUGCCCUACGGAGAGAAGUGCCUUUACAGCUACAGUGCCUGUGACAGGAAGCCCACUCCUGCGUUCAAGCCAUUAACUCCCCCCUCGACACCAGUCUCUCCUUGUGGCCCCACCAGCACACCAGGAACGCACCCACUGAGUGAGCAGACCCCCCCUCCUCACCCGCAUGUAGCCACUCCUAUCCCAGGGCAGCGUCCAGUGCACGUGCAGCAGCCUGUAACAGCAAGCGCAGGCUCUCCCAGCCAGCAAGCACUCCACAGCCACAGCCCACCCUUUGCCGUGCCCUGCGCACCCGUCAGCCAGGAUGCCAACAACUUCACACCUGAGCACAGGUUCCAGAGGCAGAUGUCAGAGCCAUGUCUACCUUUUCCCCCAUCAGAGAGUCAAGGGCGCCCCCAUUUCUUGCCCCAGGCUCCCAGCAGCAGCAGCAGCAGCAGCAACAAUAACAACAACAAUCUGCCACGCGAUAGCCGGCCACCGUACCACCGGCAGAUGUCAGAGCCAUUGGUAGCUGUGCCUACCCAGGGUUUCAAGCAAGAGCUCAUCGACCCACGAUACACUGAGCAGGGCGUCCCCACUAUGGGCCCCCCUGGUCCACCUCCGGGACCUCCACGUCAGGCUGCUUUCCACCCUAUGGCCAUCAAACAGGAGCCUCGUGACUUCUGCUUUGAUUCUGAAGUGCCUAACUGUCAGUCAUCGUUUGGGAGAGCGGGAAGCUUCUACCAAAAUAACCAUGAAAGCUUCUCCUUUGACAGAGAUCCUCAGCUGUACUUUGAUGAUACCUGUGUGGUCCCUGAAAGAUUAGAAGGGAAAGUAAAACAAGAACCCUCUGUGUAUCGUGACGGACCUCCCUACCAACGCCGUGGCUCCCUGCAGCUCUGGCAGUUUCUGGUCACUUUACUGGAUGAUCCGGCCAAUGGCCACUUCAUAGCUUGGACUGGUCGUGGCAUGGAAUUCAAGCUCAUUGAGCCUGAGGAGGUGGCUCGUCGCUGGGGCAUCCAGAAGAACAGACCAGCCAUGAACUAUGACAAACUGAGCCGCUCACUGCGUUACUACUACGAGAAGGGCAUCAUGCAGAAGGUAAAGGUGGCUGGGGAGAGGUAUGUGUACAAGUUUGUGUGUGAUCCCGAGGCUCUCUUCUCCAUGGCCUUCCCCGACAACCAGAGGCCCAACCUGAAGGUCGACCCGGACAGCCUGCCAGGGCUGGACGAGGACACUGUGCCCCUCACCCACUAUGACGAAACUGCGCCAUACCUGCUGGAUGCCGGCGAGCAGUGUGUGGCAGGCCUGCCCUUCCCAGACGGCUACGGCUACUAACAAGCAGGGGGGAUCCUGACACACAACAUACAUGUACACGCAAACACUCCCAAAGUCUCUUGACACCCACUCUUAUAAUCCAGAGCUGGAACUACUGAGCUGCUUGGAAGGAAAGCCUCGCGCUCUGCUCCUUCAUGGUUCCCUCUUCUGCUCCCUGGAAAACCUUCAUAAAACUCUGUAAGCUCCCAGGCUAAGAAUGAAUGAGGGGAAAAACCUGCGACAGCUCGUCUACUGCGACCUCAUAGAGAGUGAGAGAAAGAGAGAGAGAAAGGGGUUGUGAAACCAGUGAGUGUGAGCUGGACUUGGUUGCUCUGCCCACCUUACAAGCUUCCUAAAAGUAAGGCAAGGGACUGCUGUUGCUGAGGAGACCAAACGAAGGAAGGCCCCACGCUGCCGACUUUAAAAAGAACUGACAGAUGCCCCUUUGUACAAGACUGCAAGAGUUGUUACAUUUUGAUUUUGUGACAAUCUGCUUUUCUUAAACAAUUGAAUAACCAACAGAGUAAAUCGUUCAAAAUCAAAUGAGAUAUUCUAAAUGCAGCACUAUUCUUUAGUUGCCUUUUUGGGUCCCCUUCCCCCAUUUUCAUGUCACCACAUCUGAACUACAAGAUCCGUAAAAGGGCUUUAAUUUGCAAAAACGGAUUGACAAAAAACUAAACACAACAUAUUUUAAACCCACAAAUCAGUUUGUUUUUUGUAGAUAGGACUACACCUUUUUUUUUAAAUAUGCCAGCUGUUCUUCUACAAUUUUGUUGAAACUUUAGAGACCCAGAACUCUCAGGUUUCUGGGGCGUUGCUGUAUUUCAGGUUAGUUGGUUGGGCUGCUCUCUUGUGUAAAUGUUACGUUCUUUAAUCGUUCUGCCCGUGUAAGAGAUUGUAUCUGCUUCCCUUUAGAGACUGCACCCCAUGGUAGGAGCCCACAGUCUAUACAGUACACUCCUCUCAUGUCUGUCCAUCACUGCUGGGUCCUUUUUAUUGCUCAAGUUCAGAGAUGAUUAGCACUCCAUCUCCUCCAUUUCAAAAGGGAUACAUAACACGUACAUAUUUUCCCAGAGGCGUUGAUAACUCAUAAAAGCCUAAGAAGUUAUUAUGUAUGAUAAAUUGUCACAUUGCUCAUUUUUUUUUUUUUUGUAUUUCUGUCCAGGUGCUUAAUAUUUCCUUGGCAGUGUACUAGUUCCUCUGAUGCACCAGUAUGGCAGGAGCAUCAGGGCAUUGCAUGCAAAAAAAAACAAAAAAAAAAAACAAAGGGUGACUUUUUGAUACCUUCUUUUGGACACCUCUCUGCCAAUCACAAGUUGUCAACAGAAGACUUCUGCUUCUCUUUGCAUGGUGUCAAGUCAAGACUGUGUCCACUAACAUAUCGCUUUACUGUCUUUGGACAAAGAAGAUAUUUGUGAUAUUCUCUGCAUUUUGUUAAUGUUCAUUAUCUGUGUUUCUGAAUGGGGGCAAAGACAAACAUAUAUAAAGUAUAUAUUUUUGCUAUAAGGCUGCAUUUGUUUUGAUUUAAUGUAUAAGCUGUAUAGUUCUGCCUCUAUUAGACAUGUCCCUUUUUAAAAAAACAAUCUCAAUCCUUACGAUGCUACUACUGCAGACUGUUUCUUUAAGAGGCCUCUGUAUUGGGUUGGAGAAUGGCUGAGAAGAUGUUAUUAUCUUGCCUGUAAAGUGUGUCAGUGAGUGUGUUUGUGUGUGUGUGUGUGUUUAAAGGCCAGAGUUCCAGCAAAGGCCACAAUGAAGAUACACAUUAUAUCAUGGGAUCCACCCCAGGCAUGGGGAUUGUCUGCACUUGUAUAGGCUUCGGUCCCCUCCCCUCACAACGUGUUUCUUACACUGCUGAGUUUAUGAUAAUCUGUACUGGGUACAAUAAACGGUCCUUUAUGCUUCA